UUAUAAUAUAAUUAUUUCUGUAUGGUAUUUGAAAACAAUGUCAAUAAAAAACUAUCUUUGCAAGAUAGAAAACCAGAGAUUUGGUAACUCAUUGUAUUUCUUUUUUUUAAGUUACUGUUUUAAAAACAUGUGAAUUACUAUUGCUAAAUACGACUUACAAUGGGGUUAUCCCGUUUACUAUGUUUGCUCACGAUCGGUUACUUAAAUAUAUGGACAAGUGGUGUACUUGGCGACUCUGAAAGUAUGUGUAAUGCUACUGUAUCCUCGCGUGUGGAGUAUGAAUUUACUUCAGACGUUGUAAGCAGUGAACAUAUAAUUACGUUCAAAGGCUACUUUCCUAAGAAGACAAGAGAAAACUACAUAAGUGCCGCACUGAAGAAUGCAGGUGUUUCCAAUUGGACUGUACUGCAUCGGAAUAACCCUGCCAAAGACUACCCGAGUGAUUUUGAUGUGAUCUCAAUAGGAGAACAUAGUAAGGCUGCUAUAGAGGCUUUGAGGGAACAUCCAGCUGUCCAAAGAGUUACCGUCCAGCGACAAGUGCAUCGAACCAUCAAAUACAUUAGAGAGGAUGACUGUGGACCAUCAGGUUGUCUUUACAAUGGUUGGAGGAAAAAUGAAUAUAGAGCCAGGGGUCUUAAUUCCUUUAGACAAAUACGUGAGAACGGAGGAUUUUCGUCUAGGAAGCUACUGAGGACAGUUCCUAGACAAAUAACGUCUGUUUUAAAGGCGGAUCUGCUGUGGUCACUUGGAGUUACAGGUGAAGGCAUAAAGGUGGCAGUAUUUGAUACGGGUUUGGCUCGAAACCAUCCGCACUUUGGACGCGUUAAGGAGCGUACAGAUUGGACGGGUGAGAAUACCCUGGAUGAUGCACUGGGGCACGGAACCUUCGUGGCUGGCAUUAUUGCCUCCAGGGCUGACUGUCUUGGCUUCGCCCCUGAUGCAGACCUCCAUAUAUUCCGAGUUUUUACGGAUAAUCAGGUGUCCUACACAUCGUGGUUUCUAGAUGCGUUCAACUAUGCUAUAAUGAAGAAAAUUGAUGUGUUGAACUUGAGUAUCGGUGGACCUGAUUUUAUGGAUUACCCUUUCGUUGACAAGGUUUGGGAACUUAGUGCCAAUAAGGUGAUUAUGGUAUCAGCUAUCGGCAACGAUGGUCCCUUAUACGGAACCCUCAACAACCCGGCGGAUCAGAUGGAUGUGAUCGGAGUGGGCGGGAUCGGGUUCGACGAUCGCAUUGCCAAGUUCUCUUCACGAGGGAUGACCACUUGGGAACUGCCUAAUGGCUAUGGACGUAUGAAGCCAGAUAUUGUGACGUACGGUAGCGGCGUGCGUGGAUCCAGUGUGAACGGUGGUUGCAAAUCUCUGAGCGGCACAUCAGUCGCAUCCCCAGUAGUAGCUGGUGCUAUAGCUCUGCUAGCUAGCGGCGUGCCUCGACAAAACCUCUCGCCCGCUUCAGUGAAGCAGGCACUCAGCGUGACCGCCAGAAGACUGCCAGGCUUCAACAUGUUCGAGCAGGGCCACGGGAAACUGGACCUUAUUAGCGCCUACCAGUUCCUACGCGAGUACGAGCCUCAAGCGAGUCUUUCGCCCCCGUACAUCGAUCUCACGGAAUGCCAGUACAUGUGGCCGUACUGUACCCAACCGCUGUUCUAUAGCGCCCAGCCUACGAUAGUCAACGUUACGGUUAUCAACGGCUUAGGCGUUGCUGGGGAUGUGACGAAAGUAUCCUGGCAUCCGCACUUACCCCAUGGCAUUAUGCUGUCGGUGUCGGCGGACUACAGCGAGGUGUUGUGGCCCUGGUCGGGGUGGUUGGCUCUCAGCUUUACCGUGCUAGAGCAGGGAGCGAAGUACGACGGGAUUGUUGAGGGACAUGUAAAUGUGACUAUCGAGAGUCACGAUGAAACUGGCGAGGGGGCCACGAGGAAUACUACGCUGAUGCUGCCACUACGAGCUCGCAUAAUACCAGUACCAGUGAGAGAGCGUCGGCUCCUAUGGGACCAGUACCACAGUCUGCGAUACCCAAGUGGGUACUUUCCGCGAGACGAUCUCAAGGCCAAGCAUGAUCCAUUAGAUUGGCACGCGGAUCAUAUACACACAAACUUCAGAGACAUGUACCGACGGCUGAGGGAACAUGGCUUCUACUUGGAGGUUAUGGGUACGCCGUUGACGUGUGUUAACACGUCUCUGUAUGGAGCACUGUUAUUAGUGGACCCAGAAGACGAGUACUUUCCUGAAGAAAUGGCGACUCUCAAAAAAGCUGUGGACUCGGGUUUAUCGUUAGUAGUCUUCGCUGACUGGUACAACGCGUCUUUGUUACGUCACGUCAAUUUCUACGAUGAAAAUACGCGGCAAUGGUGGACACCAGAGACAGGUGGAUCGAACAUUCCUGCUCUAAACGACCUUCUAAGCAUGUACCAAGUAGCAUUUGGUGAUCGAGUAUUCGAAGGUUCUUUCAAGCUAGGCGGCCACAGAAUGUACUACGCCAGUGGCACACACAUACACAGCUUCCCCGAACAUGGCAUUUUGUUGACCGCCAAAUUGACUGACCAAGGGCAGCAUAUAAUGUCUACGGAGAAAAAUAGCGGUGGGGGUGGGUCGACCGGCGAGACAGUCGACGUACCGAUACUGGGACUGCUACAAACUGACGGCGAAACUAGAGAUUACACCAACAGUACCAGUGACCAAGUGCCUAAGGCGGGUCGUAUAGUUGUAUAUGGCGACUCCUCUUGUCUCGAAGGCGGCGCGGCGCGGUCCUGCCACUGGCUGCUGUUGGCCGGAUUGCAGUACGCGUUGGUGGGACAUCUACCGACCUCGCUCAAGGACGCCGCCGCGCCCAGGCACCAUAGAGACGUGCAUAUUAUACCGUCUGACCUUCCCAAGCGUGCGGAAGGUGGUCGCCUCCAUCUAUACUCCCGAGUCCUAUCAAAGGACGGGAGCGGGCCGCGACAGCUACCCGAGUGUGUAAGCGAGUCACCAAUACCGCCGAAACCUGUACAUACGCCGCCAGCUGCGCGGACACUGGCGCCCAGACACCAACCUACUGACCCUAAGAGCAUAAGUGCUCCCGAAGUGGAAGGGACUGAGGCAGCGCCUCGUGCAUGGCGCGGCUCAGGCGCGGCCCCAUCCCGGCCUCACCAGGACACCGACCCCGGAGACUCCACCCUAAUGAGCAGACUGCUCACCUUCUCCGCGCUAAUGCUUAUCCUUUACUGUUGCGUCAUCUUCUGGAAGCGAUACGGACGGAGAUUCAGACGAAGAAGAAUCAUAUCACUUGCCACUUAGCAUAUGCAAACAUUGCAGGUUUAUCUUAGCGGAUUAAAAAGGCGACUGCGAUCAUGUAUGCCGCUUUUGUUGGAUUUUAUCUGUGUCAAGAGUGUUUGCGUCUUUUAAAUAUUGCUAUCGUGUUACCAAAGCGAGACGUUUUAAAGCGAAGUGUUAAUGUGUGUUACAUAGUUAUGAACUGAAAAAAAGCAUCUACUUUUCAUGUGUAAAUAUUACGAGGCUUUAGAACUUUAGCUUUAAGGAGUGUCUGACUGAAAUAGGACCAAUGCUAAAUAAU